GAACUUGAUUUUCCGGCACCAUUGUCAUUGUGGGUCGUAUUUUAGCCUCAAUUAUUGCUAUAAUAAUAAUUGUUAACAUAAGAAUUACAAUAAUAACAUGUUCCAUGAGUUUUCAUAUUCCUCAACGUCAAAUAAAGUUGUUGAUAGUGACAUUGAAAUAGAAAAGUCGGAUAAUGUCAGAUGACACACUAGCCACUGUAUUUAAAUGUUAAAUGUUAUCGUCAGAAGAGUGUUCGAUAAGUUAAUGUAAGACGAUGAGCUAUUUUUUACGGCUCUGAUUAUAAUCUCAUACAAACCUUCUCCGCGUCACUACUUUUUUACUCUUUGUACUCUGACUUGCAGUAGUAUUUAAUAACAGUGACAAUAAUAAACAGUUUAAUAAAAAUGUCCGGUAAUCAAGAUUACUCCGGGUUGUUCGGAACUUUGGCUAAUACUCUAGGUUGUACUGUGCCUGCAAUACGGCUUCUCGUGUCAAUAUUUUUAGGUUUUCCAUUUGCUUAUAUACAUCGUAGGUUUUUCAUUAACAAAUCACCGGAACUGCAGCAUAUUUUUUUUAUAUCAUGCGGCACUUUUUUGGGAGCAUGGAACUUUGGAUGGAAUGUUGGACAUUCAGCUCUAGCUUUGAGCGCUACGUACCUGAUUUUGCUGAUAUUCGGAGGAUCAACGUUGUCAAUUAUCUUAACGUUUGUUUUCAAUAUGGGCUACUUGUCUUACGGGUACUGGGUAACAACAACAGACGACUAUGACAUAAAAUGGACAAUGCCGCAUUGCGUGUUGACAUUAAGACUGAUUGGGAUCGCGUUUAACUUAAGCGACGGACGCCAGGAUGAGUCAAAGCUGUCGGCGUAUCAAAAAAAAGAAUGUCUAAAAGCGCUUCCGAGCUUUCUUGAAAUCGCUGCUUUUGUUUACUUUCCGGGAUCCUUUCUCGUGGGUCCCCAGUUCACAGUGAAGCGGUAUCAAAAUUACGUCAGCGGAGUGUUUAUUAAAGAAUCCGGCGGCGGCUCUAAUCAUAUUGAGGCUGGAUUUAAAAGAACGAUGCAGGGAUUCCUCUACUUGUUUUUCUAUCAACUAGGAACUUAUAUUAUCUCCGAUCAGUACAUGAUGAGCAAACUCGACACUCAUAAUUACAUCAGCAGACUUUUAUUGCUCGGCUUGUGGGGACGAGUUAAUCUGUAUAAAUAUAUCUGCUGCUGGCUUUUAAGUGAAGGGGUCUGUAUGACAUUCGGAAUUUCCUACAAUGGUAAAGACGAGAACGGGUCAAUAAAGUGGGACGGUUGCAAAAACGUCGAUUUAAAAAGAUUUGAAAACGCAACCGAGUUUAGUCACUACAUCCAAUCAUUCAACAUGAACACUAACGAAUGGUGCGGCGAGUACGUCUACAAGCGGUUGAAAUUUAUGGGAUCUCGUUUCGCUAGUCAGUUCUUAACUCUAGUAUUUCUUGCCAUUUGGCACGGCUUCCACUCUGGUUAUUACGUUACUUUCUUCAACGAAUUUAUAAUCAUGUACUUCGAAAGAGACAUUGCUUCCGCGUUGAAGAAGAAUCAAUCAAUCCAGGCGACGGCAAGCCAUCCUCUCGGUGGAAUUCUCAUCUGGAUUAUUUUGAAACUUUACACCCUCGUAUUUAUGGGUUACGCGUUUAUUCCCUUCCACUUGCUGUCCUACACUCGGUAUCUUAAAAUUUACUCGAGUGUUUACUGGAUCGGCAGUAUAAUCUUCCUAUCGUAUCCCUUCCUAGCUCCCUUUAUUAAGCCACUAAUUAGCGGUCGCAGAAGGGCUCACGUCGAUUAGUUUAUACACUGUGAAAAGUUUCCAUGAAAAUUAAUUUACCAGUAAAAAUUUUUAAAAAUUAUAAAUGCAAUUUUUAAAAAAUAAUUUUU